AUGUCUACGAUACAGACGGAACACCACCAACAACAAGAGCCACUUGACUUGAUACGGUUUCAGUUGGAUGAGUAUGUAAUAGUGAAAUUGAGAGGAGCACGAGAGUUGACCGGUAAAUUACAAGGUUAUGAUAGUCAUUGCAAUAUGGUAUUGAGUGAUGCUACGGAAACAAUAUACGGUGAAUCGAAAGAAACGCAGCCAGUGAUAAAGAAAACAGAUAUGGUUUUCGUAAGGGGAGACUCGGUGAUAUUGAUAAGUCCCGUUUUAGAUUAA